AUGNGUCCCCUCCGCCCCACUGUCCCCUCCGUCCCCUCCGUCCCCUGCAGGGACAUGAUAGCGACCGGCUGUGAGGACAGGAACGUGCGCGUCUACUACCUGGCCACCAGCUCCGACCAGCCGCUCAAGGUGUUCACUGGACACCUGGCCAAGGUGUUCCACGUCCGCUGGUCGCCGCUCAGGGAGGGAAUCCUCUGCUCCGGCUCCGACGACGGAACGGUCCGGAUCUGGGACUACACCCAGGACGCCUGCAUCAACGUUCUGAGCGGACACACGGCGCCGGUCCGAGGCCUGAUGUGGAACACCGAAGUUCCCUACCUGCUCAUCUCAGGAUCCUGGGAUUAUACGAUCAGAGUGUGGGACACCAGGGACGGGACCUGUCUGGACACCGUCUUCGACCACGGAGCCGACGUCUACGGUCUGACGUGUCACCACAGCCGUCCCUUCACCAUGGCGAGCUGCAGCAGGGACAGCACCGUCCGUCUCUGGUCCCUCACGCCGCUCGUCUGUCCUCUGCUGCUCAACAUCCUGACGGAGACGCCCUGGGACCGGAUCAUCGGGAACACAGACGCGGCCAUGGUCCCCGGCUCGCCGCCGCUGCUCUGUGGGAAAGUGUCCAGAGACAUCAAGCAGGAGCUGGACAAGCUGAGCGGAGACGGCCGGUCCAGGAAACUGCGCUGGUUCUCCGAGAGUUUCUCUCCUCCAGGGGGCAGCAGCAACCUUUGGGACCUGGUGUUCGUCAUCAACGGCCAGGACGACUCGCUGCUUCCUGCCAGCUACAGCAAAGGCGUGAUGCACAUGAAACACCUGGUGAAGUUUAAAACGUCUGAAGCUCAGGAGCUGACGAUCGUUAAGAUGUCGAAGUUCGGCGGAGGAAUCGGCGCGCCGAGCAAAGAGGAGCGUCUGAAGGAAGCAGCAGAGAUCCACCUGAGGCUGGGUCAGAUCCAGAGGUACUGCGAGCUCAUGGUGGAGCUGGGACAGUGGGAGAAAGCCUUGGCGGUGGCGCCAGGAGUCUCCAUGAAGUACUGGAAGAAACUUAUGCAGAGACGAGCCGAUCAGCUGAUGGCCGACGAUAACGAUGACGCCAUCCCGUACUGCAUCGCCACCGGCGACAUUAAGAAGCUCGUAUCGUUCUUCACCAGCAGGGGGCAGCUGCUGGAGGCCCUGCUGAUCGUACAGGGAGCGUGUGAAGGGAACAUCCGUUCCCCGCAGAGUUCGUCCAUCAACCACACGACGAACGACGUGGACAACAGGCAGCAGUACCAGAGCCUCCUUCAUCACGUCUGUAAGGAGCUGGCCGAGUGGUACUUCCAAGAUGGCUGCUCCGUCCUGGCCGCUUGCUGCCACCUGGCGGUCGACAACAUCCACUCGGCCAUGGCCAGCCUGAUCCGGGGAAACGAGUUGGAGCUGGCUGCGUGCGUGGGACUGGUCCUGGGAGAAGCAGCCAAUCAGAGCACAGCUUACUGCCUGGAGCUGUUGGCCAGGAAGUACAUGACGGCCCCAACAUGGGAGCUCUCCGCUGACCUGCUGCAGAUGAUCCCUGAUAAUCACGUCUUACUGGCCAAGCUGUGCGCCUUCCACCCAGGAAGUGCUGCAGAGAUCAACCAGCUGCACCAGCGGUGUGGCCUUCCCUCCCUGGAUGAGUGCUCGGAUCUGGCAGUAGCCGCGGCGGCUGACGGCGAUCUGUUCUCCGCCGUGAAGUUCCACCUGCUGAGCUCUGAGCCUGAACUCGCCCUGCAGAUGGGCCUCAGCUUCCUGAAAGAGCAGCUGGCCGGAUCUGAUUGGACGGUGGACGGGGUUCAGCCAAUCCUGGACCUGCUGAGCUACAUCCGGACCGACCGCCUCGUCCUGCCCAGGCUGACCCAAGAGCGCAGUGAGCUGCUGAUCCUGUGCGGUUACAUCGGAGGCCUACUGGCCAUCAGACGGAGCUACUGCAGCAUCGUUCCUGCUCUCUACGAGUUCACCAGCCAGCUGCUGAAGCGGCGGGAGGUCGGCGUUCCUCUGCAGAUCCAGCAGCUGUCGGCGGAGCUGGAGGCGUGGCGCGCGGCGACGCAGCCCGGCAGUCCUCCAUCAGAGAGUCAGAGGGAAGAGUUCAGCUGCCUGCAGAGGAAGAUCCAGGCCACAGAACCAGGCGCGCUGGUUCUGGUCGGACCCGACUACGUGACCGGCUCCAACCUGCCGAGCCAUUCGGACCUCCACCUGUCCUGCUUCACCGGACAUAGGAUCCAGGGUCCGGUGUUCCUGCUGGAGGACAACAAGUCGGCCAUUUCUCUGAACGACGCUCUGAUGUGGGCCAAGGUCAACCCGUUCUCCCCGCUCGGAACCGGGCUGCGGAUCAACCCGUUCUGACCUCAACUGGACCGGACGCAGAGGGGGCAGAACCAAUACCGGGCUGAACAGAACUCUUACUGCUCCUGAUCACGUCACAGUGCAAAGAAAGUUACACCCGCUGCAAACAUUACAGAGCCAGAACCAGCAGAACCUCGUACUGCUUCUGUUCUAGUUCUGCUGGUUCUGCUGGGUCCGGUUCUGCCCAUCCCGGUUCUGUCCCAGAAGUCUCGUCCUUCAUCCAGCUGCAGCUCUGCUGACUUCAACCCGGCUGCCAUCUUGUUUCUGCAGAGAAGAGGCUUCCAGGGUCGUGACCUUUGACCUGCUAGCUGCUGUAGGGUCAGAGGUGAAGCUCCGGGGUUUCUGGUUGUUUCUUUGAACCUCCCGGGACUUCAGAUGACCUCUGACCCUUCCCAGGCUGAAGGGUCAGAGGUCAGUUUGCUGUUUCUCUGAGGUCAUUGCUGAUGUCUCUCCAGCUUGGCGUCGAGUGGAAACAAACCAGGAUGCAGCAGAGCGUUUCCUGUUUCCUGUUUCGAUCAGGCCAGGGGCGUCUCUAACGGGGGCAGAGCGGGCGGCCGUGGCCCCCGGGGGGAAGCUGGUCGCCCUAAAGAAUCAUGUUGAGUUCAUACAAACAUUAAUAUAAAACCCAGUACACUAAUAAAUACAAAUUAGUUUUUUAUUUAUUAGAUUAUUUAUUAGUUUAUUUAUUGGUUCACACUUAGCCGGGUGUUCAUAAAAACUAAUUGGUCCAAGUUUUAAUAAUCUUUUCUAGUGAAAUUAAACAGAAUUUUCUAGUGGAUGAAACGCAUCAAAGUGUUUUAUUUUCCCAGCUACCCGGCUGUGUUUGGACUAGGCCAGAGUCCAGAGACGCCUCUGUUUUAAACCAAUCAUAUUUAACUGUUUAAUUAUAAAUACGAAUCUGAGGCUCAUUAAAACGGGAAAGACGCCCAUUUUAAUUUUCCAGCUGCCUCUUUCUGCUGCUCCUGGUUCGGUUCAUAUGAAAUUAUUGAAUCAUAUUGAAGAUUUCCUUAAGCUCCUGAUGAUGUUUUAUGUUGAAACUGGGAGUUUACUUCUCUGCACUGCGACUUUAAGAGGUCAGCUGCAGGUUGUGGCUUUUUUAGACCUGGUGUAGCUGUGACAUGAGAAGUUGACCUCUGACCUUUCAGUUUUUGUUUUCCAGCUGAGCGUGUACAUAGAGGAUGUAAAUCUGGUUAUUAGACUGGAAAAACAAGAAAACUGGAAUAAAGGGGAAUCGCAGACCGAUGGCAGACUCUGUUUUUUAGAUUCAGAUUUUUUACAGGUUUAUGUAAAAAA